AUGCCCCCGUCAGCAUUUAGCACUGACGAUAAGUCGUGCUCCUCCUUCUCCCCCCCUUCCUCCUCCACUUCCUCCCGCUCCUCCUCUUUCACGUCCUCCUCCUCUUCCGGCCGGUUGAGAGGGCCUACUACUACCAUGGCCUCCCCCUCGCCGGUCAAAGCGACGACUGAGACGACGGCGUCGCCUGCAGCGCCGUACGACGCCGCGGUGUGCGACUGCCCGCUGCGUCGCCACAACGUGAGAGUCAUUGGGACCGGCAAGACGACGCUGCUGCUGUCGCACGGCUUCGGGACCAACCAAAAGAUCUGGGACGGCGUGUUAUCCCACCUGGAUCUGCAGCACUCCUUCCGCGUGGUGCUGUGGGACCUCAUGGGCGCCUUCAGCACGCCCGCGGAGUCGUACGACUUCCAGCGCUACGGCUCGCUGUGCUCGCACGCGGACGACCUGCUCGAGGUGCUGGAGGAGCUGCGGGAGCAGGGGAGGCUGGGCGACGGCGGCGGCGCAGAGGACGACGACGACGAUGACGUGGUGUGCGUGGGGCACAGCGUGAGCGGCAUGGUGUCGCUGCUCGCGAGUCUUGAGAGGCCCAGCGCGUUCCGACGGCUGCUCUUGCUUGGGUCCUCGCCCAGAUACCUCAAUGAUCCACCCACAGGCUACAUUGGCGGGUUCAACCCCCCAGACCUGGACCACAUCUUCCUGGCAGUGCGGGAGAACUACAUAGCAUGGGUGUCGGGCUUUGCGCCGCUCAUGGUGGGGCGGGACAUCAGCAGCAGGGAGGUGCGGGAAUUCAGUGAGACCAUGCUGCAAGUGCGUCCGGAUAUCGCCCUCAGCACGCUCCGAACGGCUUUUCAGUCCGACUUCCGGCACCUGCUGGGACGGGUGUCAUGCCCAGUGACGGUUCUAUCCACCGGAGCUGACGCGGCAGUGCCAGUGCAAGUGAGUGAGUACCUGAGGGAGGCGAUACCUGGCGCGUGCAUGGAGGUGCUACCCACGCAGGGCCAUCUCCCCCACCUCACCCACCCUGCUGUUGUCGCCCACGCCAUCCAACGCCACGCUUCUGUGCCGCAGUGA